AUGUGAAGGCUCCUAAGGAGAGGGAGGAGUCCUGACUAGUGAGUCGUGGCCUCUCUCGGCAGCGGGCGUUCCCCGGCAGCUGCGGAUUGAGCGCCGUGCGAGGUACCGGGGCUCCGGCGGACAGCGGCCUUACCAUGCCUGGACCAGCUGCAAGUGCAACAAAUGUCGGUGCCUCUAGCCGAUCGCCCAGUAAAGCUGUGGCUCCCCGAGCCGCUGGUGGUGGAUCUACAGUAAGGCAGAGGAAAGCUACUAAUAGUGCAGUGAGCCGUGCUGGUCGAACCACCUCGACGGGUACUGGGGGAAUGUGGCGUUUUUAUACUGAGGAUUCUCCUGGGCUUAAAGUUGGGCCUGUUCCAGUGCUUGUUAUGAGCCUACUGUUCAUCGCUUCAGUAUUUAUGCUGCACAUCUGGGGCAAGUACACUCGCUCAUAGACCAGACUUCAGCAACUUUCUCCAGUUUCAACUUAAUGUAUUCAAUCAUCCUGGACCAAAUACCUAUUUUUAUGAGAACUGAUUUCUGACACAUUAUAUCCCACAUUCUACUUGUGUAAAAAUUAAAGUGAAGAUCCUGUAAAGACUGGGUGUGGUACCUCAGUCCUUUUUCUAAUUUCAGUAAGGAGAAGUGUUGCCAUUAUGUUGGAUUUCUGAAGUCUUUGUUGAACGUUUCUUUCUGAACUUUGUUAUACAUUUUUGUAAAGCAGCUCAUUAAUGUUCUUCAUUAAAAAAAAGUAUCAGUUA